AGCUGAAAGGGGUUACCCUGUAACAAAAACUAAGUUGUUGGACUCUGUCAAAGCAUGCUUAGAUUUACUGGGAGAAGAAACUAUUUUUAUCAACAAUAGUCCAAGUCGACACUGGUAUGAAGCAUUUAGGAAACGUCAUCCACAGCUCUCAAUCAGAAAGCCUCAGCAACUAAAACAACAAAAAUAUUUAGAGAUAAAACACUUGUUAGACAUUAGUGCAGAAAGGGUGUAUAACUGUGAUGAAACAAGUGUUCCUCUUUGCCCUGAAUCAGAGAAAGUCUUAGCAGCCAAAGGUUCAAGAAAUAUCUACAACAUCACUGAUGCAAGUAAGGAGUCUAUAACAGUUUUAUUUACCUACAGUGCUUUGGGAACCCGAACUCCUCCAAUGAUAAUGUUCAAGUAUAUUGAAAAUUUACCACUAAAAAAUGUCGGAAAUACGCCCAAAGGUUGGGGCAUUGGAACAUCAGAUAGCGGUUGGAUGACUACAGAGACUUUCUUUGAAUAUGUUACAAACGUUUUCCAUCCUUGGUUAUUAAAACAACAAAUAGAAUUUCCUGUCAUUUUGUAUCUUGAUGGACAUUCCUCUCAUGUCACCAUUCCAUUAGUGUCAUUCUGUAGAGAGCAUCAAAUUGAAUUGAUUGCAUUGCUUCCCAAUUGUACUCACACUAUGCAACCUUUGGACAUAUCCUAUUUUCAUCCUUUUAUAGACAUGUGGAAAAAAUAG